AUAGAAUAAUAUAACGUAGAUAACCAUCACCUAUAGGAAACCCAGUGGAACCGACAUUCAAAAAUCGUCGUCGCAUGAAUAUUAAUUAUCAUGCCUGGAGAUGAUAAUUUGCCUGUAAUAUUAGUCAGUGCUGCUGAUAUUGCUUCCGCAUCAGCAAUAAUAUCAGAGUUGAUGCAUGAUGGCACCGAGCCGCAAUGCAACGGCGUGUCACACGACAGCGACGAGGGACAGGAUUCGGCGCCCGUAUGGCACCUGACUAACAAAUACUACAGUGCGUCAGUGCGUUUGCGGGCCCUUGCCGACAGUUGUGAACCAGACCCUGGGGAUGAUGUGCAGGCACAUAUUAUAUACCUUACUGAGGAUGAGUGUUCAGACGAUACCGUCUGCGUGCGUCGCGCGGCAGCCGCAGGAGCGUCCCGCAACGCCGUCCGCCUCGUCGCCGCACGAAUAGACCACGAACCACCCGCCCUAGCGACAUGGGCGCGAACUUCUCACUACGAACUAGUGCCGUUACUAGCGCCAGCUGUCGAACAAGAUGAGGAUUUCCCUGAGACGAUAGGAGUAGCGCGUUUGCGUGAGGCGCUCCAUGCGCACGCGUGGCCGGGGAUGCGCCGCGCUGGAGCCGUCAGAGCACCUGCACCUGACUUGAACGAUGACUCAUCGACAGACUCCUCAUCGUGGGGUUCGUGGAUGGGUGCUGACGAGGCGGGCGCAGUGGAACGAGCUGAACAAUUUGCUGACGCACUAGCCAUGCUGCCUGCAAGACGCGCUGAAGGUGACGACGACGCUGCUCGGAGGUUACACGCAGAACAACUGGUGGUUGCUUUCUGUCGCGCGCUGGGACACGACUUGAACUUAGAUGGGGACUUAUAGACACUGAUAGAAGACAAUGAUAUUGCUUCUACUGUGCUACCGAGACCUAGCUGUCUGUGGCAAAUACUCAGUUGUAAGAUGCAACGGAUAGUUGUUUGGCCGGAUGGAUCUUCGUCCUGACCAUCGGCCGAAUAUUCGGUAUCCACCAACCAAGUGUGACAAGGAGGGGGGGAGGGGUCAACAACCUAGAAAUUCGUGUGAUGUAAUUAAUGGAUGACCCCAUACAUCUCGCUCGCAUUAAUAUGUGAGUACGAGCGAGAUGCAUAGAAAGCGCUCACGCUAGCGUCAAACUGGUGGUAGUUAUGUAUAACCAAAGUCGAAGUCGAUCCAAAUCAGUUUGUGUACCAUCACACACACUGUACAUAGUUGGACCUUAUGCAUUUUG